GCGCAGGUGGAAGUUGAAUAUUUACUUCAAUUUAUUGCAUUUACACAGUCGCCAAAUGUACAGAACACUAUUGCAGAAUUUCAACAGUGGCGCUAGAUGCUUGGCCACAAAAGCAACGCCUAAAUUGCGACCGAUCAACAAGAUAUUGAUCUCCAAUCGCGGCGAAAUCGCUUGUCGUGUCAUUAAAACUGCACGCAAACUUGGCGUACGUACGGUGGCUGUAUAUUCUGAUCCUGAUGAGGGCUCCCUUCACACUGAGAUGGCCGACGAGGCAUAUCGCGUAGGAGACGCUGCCUCAUACUUGCGUGGUGAUCAGAUUAUGGAGAUAGCCAAGAAGUCUGGUGCUCAGGCUAUACAUCCUGGAUAUGGUUUUCUCUCAGAGUCUGUGGAAUUUGCCGAGCUCUGCCAACGCGAGAAUAUUGUGUUCAUGGGUCCUCCCAGCUCUGCCAUACGUGAUAUGGGCAUUAAGAGUACGAGCAAGGCUAUUAUGGCUGCAGCUGGUGUGCCCAUUAUCAAUGGCUACCAUGGAGAAGAUCAGUCAGAUGAACGCCUGGUGGCAGAAGCAGCUAUUAUUGGUUAUCCUCUAAUGAUCAAAGCUGUGCGAGGUGGUGGCGGCAAGGGCAUGAGAAUAGCCGAGAAAGCUGAAGAUUUUCUCACAGCUCUGAACUCAGCACGUACUGAAUCGCUGAAGGCUUUCGGAGAUAGCUCUGUGCUGUUGGAACGCUACGUGCGCUCGCCACGUCAUGUGGAAGUCCAAGUGUUUGCUGAUCAGUAUGGCGAUGCUGUCUAUCUAUGGGAGCGUGAUUGCUCUGUGCAACGGCGACACCAGAAAAUUAUCGAAGAGGCUCCAGCGCCUGGCCUGUCCGAGGAACUGCGUCGUGAGCUGGGCGAAGCUGCAGUGCGCGCUGCCAAGGCUGUGGGCUAUGUAGGCGCCGGUACUGUUGAGUUUAUACUGGACAAGGAAGAUCUCUCGUUUCACUUCAUGGAGAUGAACACACGUCUGCAGGUCGAGCAUCCCAUAUCUGAAAUGAUAACAGGCACCGAUUUGGUCGAGUGGCAGAUACGUAUUGCAGCUGGCGAGCCACUGCCACUGACACAGUCGCAAAUAACACGACGUGGUCAUGCAUUCGAAGCCCGUAUUUAUGCGGAAAAUCCACGUGGUGGCUUCUUGCCCGGCGCCGGUCCAUUGCGCUACUUAAGCACACCUCAGCCGAACGCUGAUGUGCGUGUGGAGACUGGUGUACGCGAGGGUGACGCUGUCUCCGUGCACUAUGAUCCCAUGAUUGCCAAGCUGGUCGUAUGGGGAGAAAAUCGCACGCAGGCAUUGAAUUCGCUAAUUGCACGCUUGGGCGAGUAUCAUAUUUCUGGUCUUGAGACGAACAUUAACUUUCUGAUUGACUUGGCCUCGCAUCCAGAAUUCCAGCUUGCCAAUGUGCACACUGGCUUUAUUGAUCAGCACUUUGAUACACUCUUCCCACCAAUUGUCGUGGAGCAGCAACAGCUAUGCCAAGCAGCUCUUGUACUCAUCAUGAAUGAGCUGCAGGCUGCCAGUAGCAAUGCCCAGGGCAGCCAAGAUCCUUUUGCCGCAACACCAAACGCGCGUCUUAACUACGCUCUCAUUCGUAGCUAUAAUUUGAAGGCGCACGACAAAGUGUACGCAGUGGAUGUGAAGUACGAUAAUGGACAUAUGGAAAUGCGCGUAGAUGCUGGCGCUUGGCAAACCGUGAAGUCAAGUCGAGUGCAGGAUGGCGAACGUUUGAAAAUACGCGCCAAUAUAAAUAAUAACAUUACUACCUACAAUGCCAAUAUUGAUGGCUCCAAUGUUACUCUGUUCUUGCAGAAUGGCAAAUUGGAUCUUGAGCUUGUUCAACCCAAGUUCUUGAGCGCUCAAGCAGAUCAGCUUGGCAGCGGUGGCUCAAGAGUUGUGGCACCCAUGCCCGGUGUAUUGGAGAAGCUGCUGGUUAAGCCUGGCGACAAGGUCAAGAAGGGCGAUAGUCUGGCUGUGCUUAUUGCUAUGAAGAUGGAGCACAUUUUGAAGGCACCCAAGGACGCUACAAUCAAAUCCGUUGGCGGUGCCGAAGGUGACAAUGUGGCCAAGGGUGCGGCAGUGGUUACGUUUGUGGAUGAGGAGAUGACCAACUAAGAAAACACUUGAAAAUAAUUCAGGGACUUGUUGCAUUUAUGUACAGAUUUCAAUUAGAUUUCUGUCAAUUUUUCUACAAUAUUUUUGAUCAGUGAUAGGGUUUACCACGUGCAUUUAUUAGAAUUAAGUGAAAGCGUAUCCAUAUAAUGUACUACGACGAUGUGGUGUCUUGUACUCUCACAUUAAAAAAUGUUUGUAAAUAUUAUAGUUUGUUUCAAUUUGAUGUAAUCAAGAAAUGCAAAAU